AUGCAAAGUCAAGCAGCCGAGGAGGGUACCGAUGACAUCGACAACUCGCCGUCUCUCCAAGAGUGGUUCCACAUGAUUCGUUCCGUCAAGUCCUGCCCGGCCAGUGAGUGCGGAGGGUAUGGCAGUGAGAACACCACGACAGAAGACAUUUCCGAAGACGGGCAUGGCCAUGAUGAUGACGCCGUGCCACUGUCUCUGUUUCCCACGCCUGAAAAUUCACCGCGGCAUUUGUCGGGAAGAUCUCUUUGGGGCACUGGUUGUGCGGAUUCAGGAGAGCGGACCCGACUGUCCAGCCAAGCAACGCCUUUCCAACCUAAGCCGAGAGCACCAACCCACAGCACCACUUGGUAUGCGGUUCCUCCAACUUGCUACACCGGCGUGCAAAGCAUGGUUGGCGUGGCUGGGACACAGCCUGUUCAGGCCUCGGUUUCAGCACCGGUUUCCGCCCCGGUUUCGGCCCCGGCUGUCUCGGGCGGGAAAGCGCCACCCGUGAUCCUGGGCUCUGACGUGCUCCCGAGCCUGGGGUCGGGUGGUCAUGCCACCGGCGAGUGCAAACCAUGUGCUUUCUUCCACAAGAAGGGCUGUGCCAGUGGCCGGACCUGUCUCUUCUGUCAUUUGUGUGACUACGGUGAGAAGAAGCGGCGUCAACGUGAGAAGAAGGAUGUGACCAAACCGGCUUGUGCCAGAUAG